CUUUUUUUCUCUUGCUAUCAGAUGAAGUGCUCUGAACGAAGCAGAAGCUAGGGAGCUGGUGAGUUGCCCUGUCAGCCCUGGAAGUUCCCACUUCACACUGGAGUCCUGGAAAGGCAGUCUAGGAAGGUUUUCAGCUGUACUGCAACAUACCAACUAUAUACUGUAGUUCCCAAACGCCUUAACUAAUGACUGUACAGAGUUGGUGACUGAACGCCCAAAAAUAAAGAUGAAAGUUGGAUACAGCUUACAGGCAAUGGUAUUUUUGUCAUUUUUAGCGGUGACAAUAUUUUUCUCCAGCCAUGCACAAAGUCAAGUGACUUCUCCAACCAGGCUGAGGUUUCAUGUUGUAUCUCAUGACAGUGUACAAAUAUCAUGGAAAUCAUCCAAAGAUAAAGUUGAAGGAUAUAAACUGCUUAUCACACCUAAAUCAGGUGGGAAAACCAACCAACUAAAUCUUCAAAACACUGCAACUAAAGCAAUCAUUCAGAGUCUUGAUCCCAGCCGAAGCUACAUUGUACAGAUCAUUGCAUUUAAUGAAGAUGAUGAAAGCAAACCAGUUCAAGGAGAGUUUAAAAUAAAGGAGUUAGAGAAAAAAAGAAAAUCAACAAAUUCAGCUAAAACAAAAUCAAAUCGUAAAGAGGACAACACUGGAAACAAACUUCCUGAAGAAGAAACUCAGUUUUCAUGCAAAUCCCAAGCAGUUGCUGACAUCGUGAUUCUGGUCGAUGGGUCAUGGAGUAUUGGAAGACUUAACUUUAGGCUUGUUCGACUUUUUCUGGAGAACCUUGUUGCUGCAUUUAAUGUUGGCACAGAUAAAACUAGAAUAGGCCUUGCACAGUACAGUGGCGACCCUAGAAUAGAAUGGCAUUUGAACGCUUUCAACACAAAGGAUGCUGUGAUAGAUGCUGUCCGUAACCUUCCGUACAAAGGAGGAAACACAUUAACAGGACUUGCGCUGACGUACAUUCUGGAAAACAGCUUUAAGCCGGAAGCAGGAGCCAGAGAGGGGCUUCCAAAGAUUGGUAUUUUGGUCACUGAUGGAAAGUCCCAAGAUGAUGUUAUUCCACCUGCGAAAAGUUUACGAGAUGCUGGAAUUGAACUCUUUGCAAUUGGUGUAAAAAACGCAGAUGAAAAUGAAUUGAGGGCGAUCGCCUCUGAACCAGACAGCACCCACGUUUACAAUGUCGCUGAUUUCAAUGCCAUGAACAGUAUUGUUGAAGGCCUUACAAAAACUGUAUGUACCCGUGUGGAAGAACAAGAAAUUGAAAUCAAAGGAGGGACUGCCACAGUUGUCACCAUUGGAAAUCCCUCUGAACUUGUUACAUCAGAAGUUACAGCCAGGGGAUUUCGUGUCAGCUGGUCCCAUGCUCCAGGAAAUGUGGAAAAAUAUAGAGUUGUUUAUUAUCCAACCAAAGGAGGACAACCAGAAGAGGUUAUAGUUGACGGCAGUGAAUCCACCACGGUGCUGAAGAAUUUGAUGUCAUUAACAGAAUAUCAGAUAGCCGUGUUUGCAGUUUAUAUCAAUGCUGCAAGUGAAGGUUUACGUGGCUCGGAAACCACAUUGGCGUUACCAAUGGCAUCUGAUCUUGAAUUAUAUGAUGUGACUCAUAGAAGUAUGAGAGCCAAAUGGGUUGGCGUGGCCGGGGCAUCUGGGUACAUGAUACUUUAUGCUCCUCUUACAGAGGGUGUAGCUACAGAUGAGAAAGAGAUGAAAGUUAGUGGGUCAGUUACAGAUGUUGAUCUGGUGGAACUGACUCCAAAUACAGAAUACACAGUCACAGUAUAUGCAAUGUUUGGGGAAGAAGCCAGUGAUCCGCUCACAGGACAAGAAACAACCUUACCCUUAAGUCCACCCAGGAAUAUUAGAUUUUCAGAUAUAGGACACAGCACAGCAACAGUCUCUUGGGACCACUCCUCCAAAAGAGUCAAUGGUUACAGAAUCAUGUAUGUGAAAACAGGUGGAUCAGACACCAAUGAUGUGGAAGUUGAUCGAAUCUCUACCUACAAUUUGAAGAGGUUAUCUUCUCUAACAGAAUACACAGUGGCAAUUUUCUCUAUUUUUGAUGAGGGACAAUCUGAGCCUCUCACAGGCACUUUCACUACAUUGAAAGUUCCAAACCCUCAGAACCUGGAAGUUAGAGAUAUUACCACACACAGCUUCAGAGCGUUCUGGAAGCAAUUUUCUUCUGAUAUAGUGAUGUACCGCCUGUCAUGGGUCCCACUAAACGGGGGAAGUCUCCAAGAGAUUGUCCUUAAUGGUGAUAUCACUUCCUAUCUGAUUGACGGUUUAACACACACCACAGAGUACGAAGUUUCGCUCUCUGCCAUAUUUGCUGAUGAAACUGAAAGUGAUGCACUGGCUGCUUUGGCAACAACGUUGACAAUAACUACAACUGCCGCCCCCACUACGACCACUGCUAGACCAACCACUGCAGCUCCCAGACUGGGAAUACGUAAUCUUUUGAUAGAUGAUGAAACUACAUCCAGUCUUCAUGUAUCAUGGUUAAUGACUGAUGCCAAUAUACGCCAGUAUAUAGUUAACUAUGUGCCUGUCUAUGGGGAUCGAGGUGAAGAAGUGGUAGUGGUACCUGGCAGACAAAAUGAAAUUGUCCUUCAGCCACUUAUUUCCGACACAGAAUAUAAAGUGACCGUCACCCCUGUUUAUUUUAAUGGAGAAGGAAACAGUGUUUCAGCAAAUGGACAAACAUUGCCAUUAUCUGCCCCAAGGAACCUGAGAGUUUCAGAUGAGUGGUAUAACAGGCUACGGAUUACGUGGGACCCACCUCCCUCUGCUACACUGGGCUAUAGAAUUGUGUAUAAACCAAUCAAUGUACCUGGACCAGCUUUAGAGACUUUCGUUGGAGAUGAUGUUAACACUAUGCUUAUUGUGAAUCUGUUCAGUGGAACAGAAUACAGCUUAAAGGUUCUUGCAUCCUAUUCAACUGGUUUCAGCGACGCUUUAACUGGCUCCGGAAAAACAUUGUUUCUGGGAGUGACUAACCUAAAUGCAUACCAAAUCAGGAUGACCAGCAUAUGUAGCCAAUGGCAACUCCAGAGACAUGCAACUGCUUACAAGAUCACGAUAGAGUCUCUCACAGAUGGCUCAAAGCAAGAUGCUUUACUUAGUGGAUCCCAGUCCAGACACUGCUUUUAUGAGCUGUUGCCCAAUACCAGAUACCGAAUUACUGUGUAUGCCCAGCAUCAGGAAUCAGAAGGCCCAGGGGUCAGCAUUGUAGAAACAACUUUACCUGUUCCGACUGCAGCACCCACACAACCUCCUGCAACGCUUCCUCCACCGACAAUCCCAGCGGCAAAAGAGGUGUGUAAAGCUGCCAGGGCUGAUUUGGUAUUUCUUAUGGAUGGUUCUUGGAGUAUUGGUGAUGACAAUUUCCACAAAGUGACUCGCUUCUUAUACAGCACUGCAGGAGCUCUUGAUGAGAUUGGCCCUGAUGGAACACAGGUGGGCAUUGCGCAGUAUAGUGAUGAUGCAAGAACAGAGUUUAAACUAAACUCAUACACAAAUAAAGAAUCACUGCUGGAUGCUAUUCGAAAGAUUUCAUAUAAAGGAGGGAAUACCAAAACAGGCAGAGCCAUCAAGCAUGUUAAAGAUGACAUAUUUACUAUGGAAUCUGGAAUGAGGAAGGGAGUCCCAAGAGUUUUAGUGGUGAUUACAGACGGAAGAUCUCAAGAUGAAGUCAAUAAUAUUGCCAAAGUUAUGCAACUAGAAGGUUUCAGCAUUUUUGCUAUUGGUGUGGCGGAUGCAGAUUAUGCAGAGUUAGUUAACAUUGGCAGCAAGCCCAGUGAAAGGCAUGUUUUCUUUGUUGAUGACUUUGAUGCUUUCAAGAAAAUUGAAGAUGAACUGAUUACCUUUGUUUGUGAGACAGCCACAGCAACUUGUCCAUGGGCUUACAUUCAAGGCAACAGUGUAUCAGGGUUUAAAAUGAUGGAGGCUCUUGGCCUGGUGGAGAAGGAAUAUGCAGCAAUGGACGGUGUCUCUAUGGAGCCAGGAACAUUCAAUAACUUCCCCUGUUACAGACUCCACAAAGAUGCCCUAGUGUCACAGCCUACCAAAUCCAUUCACCCUGAAGGGCUGCCCUCAGAAUAUACUAUAUCUUUCCUUUUCCGAAUACUUCCAGACACACCUAAAGAACCAUUUGCCCUCUGGGAGAUACUGAACAAGGAAUAUGAACCUUUAGUUGGAGUUAUUCUUGACAAUGGUGGCAAAACAUUGACUUAUUUUAAUUACGAUCACAAAGGACAGUUUCAAACCAUCACUUUUGAGGGACCAGAAAUUAAGAGAAUAUUUUAUGGCAGUUUCCAUAAGCUGCACAUUGUUGUUACUAAGGAUAGCACCAAAUUAAUUAUUGACUGCAAACAAGUUGCAGAAAAGCCAAUAAAUGCUGUUGGAAACAUUACUACUGAGGGUUUUGAGGUCUUAGGAAGGAUGGUCAGAUCAAGAGGACCCAAAGACAAUUCUGCACCAUUCCAACUGCAGAUGUUUGAUAUUGUUUGCACAUCAACUUGGGCUAGUCGAGACAAAUGCUGUGAACUUCCAGCUUUGAGAGAUGAAGCUACCUGCCCACCGCUUCCAAAUUCCUGCUCAUGCGCUAAAGAGAACAUAGGAUUGCCAGGACCUCCUGGACCGCAGGGUGGCUCCGGCAUGAGGGGUCCAAAGGGAGCAUCAGGAGAGCCAGGACCAUCUGGGCAAGAAGGACCUAGAGGCCCAAUGGGACCUCCUGGAACACAGGGUCCCCCAGGACCACAAGGACCAAGUGGACAUUCCAUUCAGGGCCCUCCUGGUUCCCCAGGAUCCAAAGGAGAUAAGGGAGAGGUUGGUUUCCCAGGACCCCAGGGUGUUACCGGAGCAUCUGGAUCUCCAGGACGUGAUGGAGAACAAGGUCCCAGGGGUAUGCCUGGCAAAGAUGGUCCUACUGGCCCUCAAGGACCCCCAGGACCCAUGGGAGGACCUGGCAAUCCCGGAUCUCCAGGUAGUCCAGGAAGUACAGGAAGCCAGGGUGAAAGUGGACAAACAGGGCCACCAGGUCCAAAGGGAGAAAGAGGUGAAAGGGGUGACACACAGUCACAAUCGAUGGUGCGUGCAAUUGCCCGUCAGGUGUGCGAACAGAUCAUCCAGGGUCACAUGUCCAGAUUCAAUUCUGUCCUUAACCAGGUACCAAGUCAUUCUUCGUCUGUAAGAACUAUCCCAGGACCCCCAGGGGUUCCCGGUCGACAAGGUCCACCUGGUACUCCAGGAGAACAAGGGUCCCCAGGACGAGCAGGAUUUCCAGGCAAUUCUGGGCAGCCGGGAACGCCAGGGGAAAGAGGUUUACCUGGUGAAAAAGGAGAAAGAGGUAACCCAGGUGUUGGAACUCAAGGACCGAGAGGGCCCCAGGGGCCAGCAGGGCCCCCAGGUGAAGGAAGAACAGGGAGUCAGGGACCACCUGGGGAACCAGGUCAACGUGGACCCAUGGGUCAACCUGGAAAUCCUGGUUCUCUUGGACCCCCUGGUCAACCAGGUUACUGUGAUGCUUCUUCUUGUGCUGGUUAUGGUGGUGGAGGUGGAUACGGUGAUCCAACUGAUCAAGACAAUUCUGUGGUACAGUUGCCAGAUGGCUCCUACCACAUAUAUGAGCAAGAGAGUCGUUAUGAUGAAGAUGAUGAUGACCGUGAUGAUGAACAGCCAUAUGGGUCUUAUCCAGUUCCGUAUCCACAAAGUUAUUUAGACCCACGGCAAUCACAGCAAGAAUUUACUCCAGUAGAGGAAGAGGAAGAAUCCAUGGAAGUAAGGUCACCUGGUAUCAGUCGCUUAGUGAGGAAUGUUGUAAAUAGGUUGGAUAAGUCUAAAAAAUAUGUGAAGGAGGUGUGAAGAAACCAUCAUAGCGAGUAGUCCUUCUGAAACUGGACCAUGCAUUGUCUACAUUGUACAGAAAGAUUUGUUUAAUUUUUCUCUUUGGAAAUUGUUUACAUAAAUUAAAGCUACAACGACAGUCAGUGAAAUAUAUGUCCUGUAUUAUUGAUAGGAUUAGACACUGAUUUUAUUCAAAUAAGUAAAUAAAUACAAUAUUUGCAUGAAAUUAAAUAGUUUAAUAUUCAA